CUUAGUUUCAAUUUGGCACGCUACCAGUGCAGACCAAAAAUAUAGAGUCGCAAUGAUCGUAAUAUAUCUAUUGAUCAGUGCAGUCACUUUGCUAUAUGUCUACCUCAAGUACACAUUUAGCUACUGGGAUCGAAAGGGUUUUCCCUCUACAGGAGUGAGCAUCCCUUUCGGUGCCCUGGACUCCGUGACAAAGGGUAAAAGAUCCUUCGGACUGGCCAUCUAUGAUAUGUACAAAGCAACAAAGGAACCAGUUGUUGGCUUGUAUUUGACUUUGAGACCUGCUCUCCUGGUUAGAGAUGCUCAACUGGCUCAUGAUAUCCUGGUUAAGGACUUUUCCAAAUUCCAUGAUCGAGGUGUUUAUGUGGAUGAGGAGAACGAUCCCAUGUCCGCCGGAUUGUUUCAAAUGGAAGGAGCUAAUUGGAGAGCUCUACGUACCAAACUUACGCCCUCUUUUACUUCUGGAAAACUGAAGGCAAUGUUUGAGACCUCCGAUUCCGUUGGAGAUAAGUUGGUAUCAACCAUUAAGGCUGAUUUGCCUGAGACGGGCAGCAAGGAGAUUGAUAUCAAGAGUCUAAUGUCAACAUAUGCCAUCGAUAUUAUUGCCACAAGCAUUUUUGGCCUUGACGUUGAUAGCUUCGCAGAUCCAAACAAUGAAUUUCUGGCUAUAAGUAAAAAGAUCAAUCGGCUUAAUUUUCAGGAUAUUGUUCGUGGUGCAGCACUGUUUCUUUAUCCUGGAUUGGAAAAGUUCUUUGUAAGAAUUGGCUGGAAACAGGAGGCCAAUGAAAUGAUGCGCGAACUAGCCCAUCGCACUGUCGACCUUCGGGAAAAGAACAACAUAGUCCGUAAGGAUUUGCUUCAACUCCUUCUUCAAUUACGAAAUCAGGGACAGGUCAACACAGAUGACAAUGUUUGGACAGCUGAAAGUACCAAAAACGGUGUAAAAUCGAUGUCCAAGGAUCUGAUAGCCGGUCAGCUUUUCCUAUUCUACGCAGCUGGUUUUGAGACAACAGCCUCGACAGCAUCAUUCACUCUCUACGAGCUUACCCAAAAUCCUGAAGUGAUGGAAAAGGCGAAGGAAGAUGUCCACAAUGCUAUCGAAAAGAAUGGGGGAAAGCUGAACUACGAUGCCAUCGCGGAUAUGAAGUAUCUGGAGGCCUGUAUCAUGGAAACCGCUCGCAAGUACCCAGCUCUCCCAUUCCUGAAUAGAAUCUGCACUCAGGACUUUUCCGUGCCCGAUAGCAACAAAGUGAUCAAGAAGGGAACACAAAUUAUAAUCUCACUUCUGGGAAUGCACCUCGAUUCGGAGUACUUCCCCGAUCCGAUAAGCUAUCAGCCAGAACGCUAUCUGGAAGAUAACAAAAACUACAACAAAGCUGCCUAUAUGCCUUUUGGAGAGGGUCCUAGGAUGUGCAUUGGUGCCCGUAUGGGAAAAGUGAAUGUGAAAAUAGCGAUUGCCAAGGUUCUGUCUAAUUUCGAUUUGGAAAUCCGCAAGGAAAAACAGGAGAUUGAGUUUGGAAUCCAUGGAGUAACGCUGAUGCCCAAGCAUGGCGUUCCCAUUAGACUUUCCCUGAAGAAGUAACUUCUCCCAUAAAUAUUUAUAUAUACUAAAUAUGUAAAUGUAAUUAGUUUAAAUAAAAUCCUACAAAUAAAGCUUUAUUCAUCAAAAAUAUGGAAUGUGCCUUAUCGAACCAGUUUUGAAAUUUACCAGUAAUUUGUAACAAUCAGAGCCUUAUAAAUAUGAAUAGAUUAGGGAAGAUCUAACACCUAAUUUAUUGAGCAAGGCCAGACGCCAUAGCUUCAAGAAUACUAAAUAAGAAUCGGCACGUGCUUUUUAUAAUUAUCAAAUGGCUUU